AUGCAAGAUUACUACACGGAACAAAAAAUUCUGCUUACGGGAGCAACUGGAUUCUUGGGAAAAAUCAUCCUCCACCAACUUUUGAAGACCAAGGUUCGCAAAGUUUUCCUGAUCGUGCGGCCGCGCGAGGGUCAAACACCUCACUCCAGAAUCGAGGCGCUGUUCGCAGAGGACCCCUUCCAGAGAACCGUCGAUUCGCGCAUUGUGGUUUUGGAAGGAGACAUAUCGAAACCGAGACUCGGUCUCAGUCACGUCGACGAGGCAUAUCUCCGAAGUGAAGUUUCUGUCUAUAUCAACAAUGCCGCUUCAGUCAGAUUUGAGCAUUCGCUACGAUCUGUUGUCGAGCUGAAUCUGAUCAGCACUCUCGAAGCACUGCUCCUGGCGAAGUCGUGGCCUCGACUGAAUUGCUUCGUAUACGUCUCGACCGCUUACUCCAACUGCCCUUUGGCGGUCGUGCAGGAGAAAGUGUACAGACACAUAUUCGUUUCACUUGAGAAUCUCUUGCGUGCCUAUGAAACCGACCCCGCAUCGCUUUCGAAAUGGAAUUUGCGUGGACAUCCGAAUACUUAUACGUUCUCGAAACAGCAUGCCGAAGCCCUUGUGGCGUCAUCGGGUCUGCCACAUGUGAUCGUCAGACCUCCUACCAUCGUAGGCUCUCUCGCAGCCCCUUCACGCGGUUGGGUGGACAAUUUCAACGGUUUCAACUCGCUCAUUCUUCUGAGCGAGAUCGGUCGAAACCUUCCCUUGCAUGCAGCAAUGAAUAGUCCGAUGGCCGUUGCUCCCGUGGAUGUGUGUGCGAACGUCGUUCUGGGAGCGGCUUGGCGACGCAAUGUACGACCGGAGAACCUUGUAUACAAUUGCUCGGACAGUCGAACAGCACCUUCCAUGGCUACAAUCGGCCGCGCUAUCAACAGCGCCUUGGAGCAUCAGGUGCCGUCGCGCAAGCUCCGGCUCACCUCGAGUCGCAUCCGCUCAGAGCUGAUCUUCAUCUUCCUAUUCCUUAUUCCUGCGCUCCUGAAACAGUUCUUCAAUAUCCUCACGAGGAAUCCGGACCGACCCCUACGCAAGGUAUUGCGUGGGAAAGUCAGAUGUGCCAUGGUUGAGUAUUUCACUUCGACAACUAUCUUCUUCGAGUACAAGAAUGUUCGCGAGCUCAGCGAAGAAAUACCACCCCACGAGAGACAUAUAUUCAAUACGGACCUGUCGGCAAUCGAUUGGCCAACAUUCCUGCAAGAUAGCGCCCUCUGUCUGUGGCGGUUCGCUGAAGACCGCAAAGCUCGGAGGAGGAACACGGAAAUGUCAAUUUCGGAUGGGAACAAUCGAGCGGCAACGACGAAUGGUGUCCAGGACCCGGCAACGACGAAACUGUAG